AUGGUUGUCCCCGACCGCCUCGCCGGCGACGCCAGAGAGUAUAAGGACCCUCCCCGACGCCUCGAGCCCUUCCCUAUCUCGCCCAAAAUAUCUCCACCCACUCCCCUCUCUCCUCCUCCGCUUAUCCCCUCACCCAGAUCCCUUUCCCCUCCUUCCGAGCUCUGCCAUGGACGCGACGCCGAGACCGACGUAGCCGCAGCCACCACCGUCCCUGAACCCCUCCGAUGCGUCCAUGUCCCCUACGACAUCUACAUGGGCGGGCUCGAGCUGGGCGUCCCUGCAUCGAGCGGAUCGACGCCAUCCUCCUCCUCGAGCACCACCGCCUUCUUCUUCAACUUCGUCGUCGUCCUAUGCUUUGACCCCUCCCCGAGCAUGCUCUUGCACAACUACAGGUCCGAUGACGGAUCCCAGGAGCCAGAAGACGCCACUGAUGACUACUAGUACCCGGAGGAUGCCUACUACUACGUGAAGACCGCAGACGACUAGGAGCAGUUAGGAGGCUCCCAGGCAGG